AUGGCUCCCAAAAAGAAGGCAAACAAGGGGGCCAAGGAUCCCGAGGUCAAGAAGAAAGCUGGCAGUGCGGAUUCCGACCUGGUCAACAAGCCCACGGAAAUGCCUUUAGGCGAGGAGAUCCGGGAGUUCUACCACGUCCAGAUCCGAGACCUGGAGGCCAGGCUGGCCCGGUACCAGCGGAAGUGGGACGAGCUGGCUGUGCAGGAGAAACUGUUUCGCCAGGAGUUGGAGCAGCUGGCCAACAGCAAGAAGGAGAUCGUGGCCUUCCUCAAGCGUACACUCAACCAGCAGGUGGAUGAGAUCACCGGCCUCAGCGAGCAGCUCCAGAGCCUGCAGCUGGCCAAGGAGAUGGAGAAGGAUGCCUUCGAGGCACAGCUAGCUCAGGUGCGCCACGAGUUCCAGGAGACCAAGGACCAGCUCACCUCAGAGAACAUCGUCCUCGGGGGGAAGCUGGCAGCUCUGGAAGAGUUCCGGCUGCAGAAAGAGGAGCUCACUGAGAAGUUCAUGCUGCUGGAGGACCAGCUGCGGAAGCAGGAGAGCGAAUACAAGGAGUACGUGUACGCCCUGGAGAAGAAGUCGGUGCUGGACAAGGACAGACUGAGGAAGGAGAUCAUCCAGCAUGUGAACCUGGUGGCCACUGAGUUCCAGAAGGUGGCCACUAGCCAGAUGUCGGACACAACCAAGCGGGCCAUCACGGAGAACAGCGCUGUGACCUUGCAGCUGUCCAAGAUAUCCCGGCAAAGCGCACAGCUGCUGCAGGAGAACGAGCAGCUCAAGGGUGCCCAGGAUGAUCUGUGCAAACAGCUGGAGCUGCUGGAGAACUCCCAGAAGGUCAUGGCCAGGCACAGCAGAGGCCACCAGAAGAUCAUCCUCAUGCUGACGGAGAAGUGCCGUGAGCAGCAGCAGGGCACAGCUGAGGCCGAGCAGCUGCGCCCCCGGAUCAGCCAGCUGGAGCAGAACCUCCUGCAGCUGCAGAAGGACCACCAGGCACUCAGGGGCCAGAGAGACCAGCUGAGCCUGCAGCUGGAGCAACAGCAGGCUGUGGUCCAACGGCUUCAGCUGGAGCUGAAGGAAGAACAGAAGGUUCGAGGGAGUCUGGAGAUAGCCCUGGCCCAGGCCACCUCCUUCCUACAGGACAUUCUGCAGAUGCAACCAAAUAAGGAUGGAGACUUUGAUGUAGCGUUCCAGCUGCAGCACAAGGAGAUGCUGCAGCAGCUGCUGACCAUGCUCAGCUCAGCCGUAGUCCGAAGUCCCCAGGUGUCUGUGUGUCCCCGUCGGGUGAACCAGCCCAAUGGCACGCUCAAGAAGAGUCUGUCCAGCACCCAGCCACCUAAGGGGGAGUCUGUGCUGCAGCAGCUGUCCAGCAUCGCACCCUAUCGGCUGGGAGACCUGGGCCUGGUGCCUCGACAGGACCACAUCCCACCCAACCCUGAGGACCUCAGGCUGCUCUCACACACCAACCGUGUGCGAAACUUCCAGGCACACAGCAGCUCUGAGAUCCACACCUCUGGUUCUCCAAAAAAGUUCAAACAGUUUAGUCUUUUCUGAAGUUUUCCUACUUUCCAAGUAAGAUACAGAGAGAAGACCAACCCUCUAUCCCAGAAAUGGACC